GUAACAGUCACGGUGUUGACGAGCGAUUCAAACUGUUUUGUGAACGAGAAGACACGUGGGCUGUUUCUACCUAUGCAGGAGUUUGAGGAUGGAAUUCAAUUGAUAGCGAGUAAUUGGCUAAUUGAAGAGACCAUGGAAGCUUACUGGCCUAAUUUUACAACGAUGAAUCGAUAUUACAAGGCUGUGCAAGUAUUGGAACCGAUUAAAGAUUCGUGGAAGUUGUUCAAAGUAAAACGUAUACUGGCCAAAACUUAUAACUAUGAGAAAGGAACAAAAAUUUUAAAAGAUGCGGAAAUAUUUUCCGAUCUCAAUUCGGAUGUUGAUGAUACAUGUCUAAAAUUGAGACGAAGAACACAUGCUCGCUUAGUAUAUUCUGAUAGCGAUGAUGAGGAGUCGGGUAUGGAAAAUAACAGUCGAUCCAAAAUUCCUCCUCUUCCUAAGCCCUAUGUGAGUGAACCAUUCAUUCCACCGCAAAAACCGAUAAAAAACAGCAAAGCAUCAGCUGUUACUUCAAGGAAAAUGGGAUGUCACGAGCCAUUGAACAAUAACAACUCAGAUUUCGAGGAUGCGGAAAUCCAUUGCCCCAAGCAGACUGGCAAAUAUCUUAAUAUCCAAGAGCACUCAGAAGACGAUGCUGAAUCAGAAUGUUCACUUGCUACAAACACACUUGCAACGGCAACUCUUCCACAUACUAACAAUACAGCGUCAAUCAAUCCUAAACAACAUAACAGUAAUCCACAAGUUACACACGCACAUAGGGAAAUGCCAGCCAAGAAAGUAAUACAACCCAAAAAUGUUGAUCCAGAUUUGGAAAGCUGUAUGCGGAAGACAAAUAUGAAUGAACCUACUAUAUCUCUUGACAAUGAAGAUUUCAGAACUUAUCAACGCUUUGUCAUACGCUCUUUCACUACGCUGAAAGCCAAAAUCAAUAAUGUUAUUGAUGUUGUGGAGGUGAUGAGUAAGAAGCUAGAUGGUAUAAAAUGUACUGAUAAUAUUCCGGAUGCGAAUCAAGAAGCUGAUAACCCCGAACUUGAAGUCAUGAAUCUUUUCCCAAUUUGCCAUGUAAAAAUGUUGCAAAGAGUAGAAAAAGAAUUAACGAACAAUGCGAUGAAACAAAAAUUGAUGACAGCAUUACUAAAAAUCGGUGGAAGUGAUUACAAAAACACUACCACUAGAUUGAUGGAACGGCUUUUCAGCAAUUAUGUAGCUGAGAAAUUUAGCUGGGUCGGUUCAAAAGGAAAAAGAAUUUUUUCAACACUUCAUUUGUGUCGUGUUAUUCUAGGUAAACUGAUUCAUACCAUAUUAAAUUAA